AUGCACCACGCUGACAUUCUCACGCUCGCACAGACUGCAACCUUGUGCCGUGGCAUUAUUGCCGAGUCGCCGCAGCUUGAAUUUGUCAAUCAGCUGGUCUCAAAACCGCUCCGUCAAUCAGCCUAUCUAGCAUCUACAGUGCUUGAUUACGGAUUGGAGAGAUGGCGCCAAAUUUUUGAGACGGCUCGAUUUGACACUCAGGCUCUGGAGGCAAAUCUUCAUCACACCCGGCAGCACAAUGACAGCAUAAAGGAGCUCCUCCUGAAGCAAAUUGCCUUCACUAAAACCGGUAAAUUGUCCAAAGCGGAUUUCUUCAACUCACUAUGUCUGGCGGAGCUGGUCUAUGAAGCAGCCGCUGGGUUUUCGUCUCAGGAGCGUGCACUUCUUCGCCAGGUGCAGACGGAGCAGAAAUUAGCACGGCGAAAUUUGUCUGAAUGCCCACUGGAUACCACACUGAUGUACAACAUCGCAGUCUUCUCAAACUCGAAUCAACGCCUCAAACUGAGACGUCGGAGCUUUGCUACACUGGCUCCGAAGAUUAACAGCAUCAGAAUCAAUACCAUCUGCGAACCUGGUCACUGA